AUGGAGCAACAACUACUCCAUGACCUUCGUCGCAAGCUUGACGACCUGGAGCACAAGGUUCAGGUCUACCGUCAUGAGCUGGCCGUCGAGUUUCAGACCUUCUGUCACCAGACUCUAGCCGAUGUGGCUCCUUCAACUGCCCUCGACAUCGAGAAUGCCCUUGCGGCUAGUUACCCUACUCAUCCACUUCUCGGUCCUGAAUUACAAGCAAGCAACAAUACGACUAUUGCGGCUUCUACUUCUGCCGUCACCAUCCCCGCCAUCCCCGAACACGACGUUACGGCUACUGUUGGCACUGGAGGAAUUGGCAGCCAUUCUGCCAUUGAUGUGGCUGCUGCGCCGGCCGGGCGACAACACAGCUCAUCACAGGAGCCUCUCCCCCGGCAGGGCGGCAAAAUGAACCAGCCCGGCGAGUCAACGGAUGUCAUGCAACUCCUUGUGCGCCCUGCACACGUGCGCACCUCGACUGGCGGUACCACCAGCUCCUCCUUGUCCGACAACUUCUCGGCCAAGCUCCCGCGGAGUGCCUUGCGACGCCCGCUCAGCUCUCCCAGACCACACCAGGCGAGCCCCCGGCGGGUGCGCUUCGAGUUUGGAGGCCACGAGGUCCUACCUACAUCUUCUCCCCGGGACUCCGAUUUCGAGCCGCUACGCCAGGUGUCCUCUGUAGUCCAGGGUGAUAUACCAGGACACUUUGACAAAAUUACUGGAAAGGAAAAUGGUCCCGACGUUGUUAGCGAGCCUACUGAGUUCGACCCUCCGCCGCGCAAGAUCUCGUCAUCAGAGGCUCUGAGGGCUCUUUCGCGUGCUCCAUUGGAUGAGAGUACGGUAUGGACUGUAGUCAAUCCUGACAACUCCAGCGAGGCUGCAGCUUCUACGACUUCUACGGAAGUGCCUAUUGGGUGGGGCCCAGAGGAGUCAUCGUCAGUCACACCCGUUCCACCACCGGCCUCUACAUCCAUGCCUGUCGUCGAAGGCUCGGGUAUUCGCCAACUCACAGCGCCCUUCAGGAGUACCAAAUCCAUUGUUGCCAGUGACGAUAUCCAGAGCGACGACUCAUCAGAUGACGGGGAUUUCUUGUCCAUGGCAAAGCCAAUAUCGUUCGAAUCCAAGUCCUCGAUCGGGCUUGCUCGCGCACAAACACGAGGCAGCACACAAACCGCUGCCGCUCCACUAACGCCACCCGCCUCGAAACGCUUACCAUCAAAAACCCAGGACGAGGAGAAGGAGCUAUUUUCCUCAGAAGACUACGACGACGACGAUGACAUGUUCGAGUUUGAGACCGGCGGCGGCUUGACUGCUCCUCCCAAACCAAAGAAGCGGACACCUGCAUUUGAAGACGACACGAGCGAGGCUACAGGACCGCCCUAUGGUUCCGCAACGGCGCGCGACGAUGUUGGACCAGUCGAGGCUCCACUUGCCUCACCGGGCGUCCCCAUCGCGAGACCCCGGGAGCUGGAAUCCUCAUCAAGUCCCUCUACGCUAAUUACCUCCAAGUUUGAAGCACGGUCCCUGGGAUCCUACAUGGGACGGCCGCUCAUGAUGCCGGUCGUGAAGAACCCAGAGCUUCAUGCACAAGCAGCCUCACUCGGAGACUUUAAUACGUUUGUUGGUGGCUUGGACGGGCGCAGCGGCGUGGACGAGGGUGAUCUCAAUAGCUUCCGGGCUAGCCUGUCCCGAAGCGUUCGUUUCUCGGGGACACCUCGCAGCCUGACUGAACGGAUGAUGAUGGAGGAUGCUGAAGAAGAGGUCAAGCAGAAUGGCAGGCAGAGUUAG